CCUUUAGUUCAUUCAUUCAUUGUACACGAUUCAAAAUAAAAAUCCGUUGCCAGGAAAUCGUUGAAAAUAAACUUUGUUUUGUUUCUAUUUGUGCCUUUUACGUGACGAAAAUAGCACCGACGAACACUUUUAUAGUUUUAUUAUACUUUUGCAUACUAUACUGUUAAAACUAAACCAGAAACGAAUGUUUUCAAAUAUCUUGACUGUUGAUUCUUCGUCAUCGCCAGUUCCUAACCAAAACAGUAGUUUGAAGAAUAUUUAUCAAAAAUUUCAAUUUAUUUUGGGCCGUGGAAGUGGAAGCAGUGAAAUAAAAAAAGAGAUGUUGUCGGCUCGAGGAAGUGCAGCUACGUCAGAUGAUAGUUUCAUUACUCCUGUAUCUUCCAUGGGUGAUCUAAUGGCACUGUCUCCAAAAAAAUCUACAGAUCUAAUGGACCAGCCCGAUGUCACAAACGAUCUCCUCACCGGAUCCGAGUUUGAUAGUAUAUGUGACGUUACAAUGCAAGAAGUUCCAGCCUACGACGAUAUGUUCAUUGAUGCUACAAGUUUAGAUUACUUGGUGAAAUGUGCAGAAUCCAACCGCAAUCACAAUCUUAUAGACCGAGGCAAGGAAAGUUUAUUUGUUAAGUUUGAUCCACUCUAUGCUGCUAAAUCUCUGGGAUCAUCACAACAUAGUGAAUCUAUAGCAGAUUCUACAGAGGGUGACAUCGGUUACGAGACUGGCAGUGCGGCUUCUGGAUUCACGGAUAGUCACGUCGCAUCACCCAAACAUUCCAUGUCUGUUGGGUCUAUUCAAGUGUCCAAUGUGAGAGAGAAGCCAAUGCAAGUUGUGCCACCUGUAGUGAAUUGUGAACCUACUAAAUCAAGUGCCUCACACACUCGACCUACUCCAGGCCUGAUUCGUAGUGUAUCUGCCAUACUCACUCCGACACAAGUAGCCACAGAUAGAUUGAUAAGCAUCGCAGGCAGCACACCACCCACUGCAGCUCCACGGAGCCCCCGUUACCACAACUACAGUGCGCAAGAGGUAGACAGACUUCAAUCCCUUCGUGUUAUUCUACAAAAACAAGAUCAAGAAGUCCUUCUUCUCAGACAAGAAAACAGAGAACUAAGAUCUGCACUUCAGGAUAAAGAACAUAGAUAUUCACGAACAAUUGAAGAGUUGGAGUCUAAAAUUAAGAAAUUGAUGGAUGAGAAAGAUAGUUUACAGGACAGGGAAAAUAAGUUGACUCAGCAGGUCAAUGAAAAGAAUAUAAGCAACAAACAAAUGAGUAUUGUUAUGGAAGAAUAUGAAAAAACUAUUUCAUCUUUGAUUGGUGAGCAACAGCGUGAUAAAAUUCAGUUCCAUGAAACUCAGGAAAGAUUGGUUUUAGAGAGAGACCAAGCCCUGAAUCACCUUGCCAGCAUGGAAAGUUCAUUUAAUGAUUUGCUAUCCAAAUAUGAAAAAUGUAAAAGUGUAAUAAUGGAAGUUAAAGAUAGAGAGAAAAUAUUUGAACAAAAGAUUUCCGAAUAUGAAGUUGGCAUGAAGAAAUAUGAUGUAUUGUAUAACAACCUUAAAGAAGUGACAUCUGAUAACUUAACAAAAGCGAAUGAGACUUUGGAAAGCAUCAAGAAGAAUCACAAUGUGGAAAUAACGAAGUUGAAUGCUACAAUAAAAAAACAUGAGAUCACUAUUGCUUCCUUGCAAGAGUCUCUAGUUCAAAAGACAAGAGACAAUGAAGAAUUAACAAGAAUAUGUGACCAGCUCAUAAAUGAAGUUCGUUGAUGGAGCUUCAUAAUUAAAUAUUGUUUACUCAUUAUUUAUUUUUCAUACUAAGUUUGGUAUUGGUGCUCUUUCUGUACUUAAAAGCUUUGUAGUAUUUUUGUAUUAUUAUGGUCUCAAAAAUUUCUGCUGUGAUCUUUAUUAUAUGUUCUGAAUAAUCUUGUUAUUAUAACUAAAUAUUGCCUUAGGAAUGACAUUUAUUUAACUAGUUAACAAUAAUCUUCUUGACUUGUAAUUUUAGCAAUAUUAAUAGAAACAAAUUGUUGAGUAUAUUAACUGUAAGAAUAUAUUAAUUUGUUGCCAAGUUGUGAUUAUGGCUAGCCUAUUGAUUAGUGCCUGAUAUUAUUGUGACAUUUUAUAUAUUUUAUAAGUUGUGACAAUUUUGCUUAUUAUUUUAGUUAUACAUCACUUUGAGUAAGACGCCAAUUUGUGGUCAUUACGAUUGGAUUUUGUGAUGGUGGCUUUACUAUCAAAAUAUUAUAGGCCAGAUCAAAAGCUGAGAUCAUGUUGAUGAAAUAAAAUUAUUCAACUUAAUUAAAUAUGGCCAGUAGUGCCUCAAGUAAUGGUACAAGCCACCAAAAAACUUGAAUUAUGUCUUAUUAUCAUGUAGUUUGAACUUCAUGGUUUUACUUGAUGUACUUUAGACUUCUGGGUUUUAAAAUAAAGUGCUAUUAUAGACUUUUA